AUGAGUGCCACGAAUAUACCAUGGGUGCCAUUAAGAAUAUGUUAUGGACGCCGGGAAUAUUUGAUGGCACCAAGAAUAUAUCACAGCCACCAAGAAUAUACCACAGCCACCAAGAAUAUAUCACAGACACCAAGAAUAUAUCACAGCCACCAAGAAUAUAUCACAGCCACCAAGAAUAUACCACAGCCACCAAGAAUAUACCACAGCCACCAAGAAUAUACCACAGGCACCAAGAAUAUACCACAGGCACCAAGAAUAUACCACAGGCACCAAGAAUAUACCACAGGCACCAAGAAUAUACCACAGGCACCAAGAAUAUACCACAGGCACCAAGAAUAUACCACAGCCACCAAGAAUAUAUCACAGACACCAAGAAUAUAUCACAGCCACCAAGAAUAUACCACAGCCACCAAGAAUAUAUCACAGCCACCAAGAAUAUAUCGCAGCCACCAAGAAUAUACCACAGCCACCAAGAAUAUACCACAGGCACCAAGAAUAUACCACAGGCACCAAGAAUAUGCCACAGCCACCAAGAAUAUAUCACAGACACCAAGAAUAUACCACAGGCACCAAGAAUAUACUACAGGCACCAAGAAUAUACCACAGCCACCAAGAAUAUACCACAGACACCAAGAAUAUAUCACAGCCACCAAGAAUAUACCACAGCCACCAAGAAUAUACCACAGGCACCAAGAAUAUACCACAGGCACCAAGAAUAUACCACAGACACCAAGAAUAUACCACAGGCGCCAAGAAUAUACUACAGGCACCAAGAAUAUACCACAGCCACCAAGAAUAUACCACAGACACCAAGAAUAUAUCACAGCCACCAAGAAUAUACCACAGCCACCAAGAAUAUACCACAGCCACCAAGAAUAUACCACAGGCACCAAGAAUAUACCACAGACACCAAGAAUAUACCACAGGCACCAAGAAUAUACCACAGGCACCAAGAAUAUACCACAGCCACCAAGAAUAUACCACAGGCACCAAGAAUAUACCACAGGCACCAAGAAUAUACCACAGACACCAAGAAUACACACAGGCACCAAGAAUAUACUACAGGCACCAAGAAUAUACCACAGCCACCAAGAAUAUACCACAGACACCAAGAAUAUAUCACAGCCACCAAGAAUAUACCACAGCCACCAAGAAUAUACCACAGCCACCAAGAAUAUACCACAGGCACCAAGAAUAUACCACAGACACCAAGAAUAUACCACAGGCACCAAGAAUAUACCACAGGCACCAAGAAUAUACCACAGCCACCAAGAAUAUACCACAGGCACCAAGAAUAUACCACAGACACCAAGAAUAUACCACAGGCGCCAAGAAUAUACCACAGCCACCAAGAAUAUAUCACAGCCACCAAGAAUAUACCACAGCCACCAAGAAUAUACCACAGGCACCAAGAAUAUACCACAGCCACCAAGAAUAUAUCACAGCCACCAAGAAUAUACCACAGCCACCAAGAAUAUACCACAGGCACCAAGAAUAUACCACAGCCACCAAGAAUAUACCACAGGCGCCAAGAAUAUACCACAGCCACCAAGAAUAUAUCACAGCCACCAAGAAUAUACCACAGCCACCAAGAAUAUACCACAGCCACCAAGAAUAUAUCACAGACACCAAGAAUAUACCACAGGCACCAAGAAUAUACCACAGCCACCAAGAAUAUACCACAGCCACCAAGAAUAUACCACAGCCACCAAGAAUAUACCACAGCCACCAAGAAUAUACCACAGCCACCAAGAAUAUACCACAGGCACCAAGAAUAUACCACAGCCACCAAGAAUAUACCACAGCCACCAAGAAUAUACCACAGCCACCAAGAAUAUACCACAGGCACCAAGAAUAUACUACAGGCACCAAGAAUAUACCACAGGCACCAAGAAUAUACCACAGGCACCAAGAAUAUACCACAGCCACCAAGAAUAUACCACAGCCACCAAGAAUAUACCACAGCCACCAAGAAUAUACCACAGGCACCAAGAAUAUACCACAGCCACCAAGAAUAUACCACAGCCACCAAGAAUAUACCACAGCCACCAAGAAUAUACCACAGGCACCAAGAAUAUAUCACAGCCACCAAGAAUAUACUACAGGCACCAAGAAUAUACCACAGACACCAAGAAUAUACCACAGCCACCAAGAAUAUACCACAGCCACCAAGAAUAUACCACAGGCACCAAGAAUAUACCACAGCCACCAAGAAUAUACCACAGCCACCAAGAAUAUACCACAGCCACCAAGAAUAUACCACAGGCACCAAGAAUAUACUACAGGCACCAAGAAUAUACCACAGGCACCAAGAAUAUACCACAGGCACCAAGAAUAUACUACAGGCACCAAGAAUAUACCACAGACACCAAGAAUAUACCACAGCCACCAAGAAUAUACCACAGACACCAAGAAUAUACCACAGCCACCAAGAAUAUACCACAGACACCAAGAAUAUACCACAGACACCAAGAAUAUACCACAGCCACCAAGAAUAUACCACAGCCACCAAGAAUAUACCACAGCCACCAAGAAUAUACCACAGCCACCAAGAAUAUACCACAGCCACCAAGAAUAUAUCACAGACACCAAGAAUAUACCACAGGCACCAAGAAUAUACCACAGACACCAAGAAUAUACCACAGCCACCAAGAAUAUAUCACAGACACCAAGAAUAUACCACAGCCACCAAGAAUAUAUCACAGACACCAAGAAUAUACCACAGCCACCAAGAAUAUACCACAGACACCAAGAAUAUUCGUUAUUAAUCCAUUUCAUAAGUAA